UAGGCGAAAAAAACCAGGAACGAGGAUGUGCAUGGACAAAUACGGGAACAUAUACCAUAUACAUUUACUUUGAGAUAUAGAAUCUAAUCAUUUAAGAGGAAAGGGUACCUUUGCCCCGCUUGCCACUGCUGGUAAAAGGCAAGGGGGGCAGUUGCCCGGUGAAGAUGGCUUGUUUAUCAUCAGAUUGGAAUAUAGCUGUCAUCUGUGCUUUCGAACUGAUUCCUAGUGUAAACAAUCCAAAUGUCUACUACCACAUUCUAUUAAUUCCGUUGUUAAGGCAAAUAUCAGACGAUUUGGAAUGGAGUGGCAGUCAUGAAAAGCGCCGUCGACUUGGUUACUUUGCAAGAUUUGCUUGGCCGUGAAAAACCGGCGACAAUUAUCGAAUUUGGCAGUUAUGCAGGAGGAUGUGCCUUAUGGUAUGCCGACACAUUAAAAUGUUUUGGUGUGAAAUCCCACGUUUAUUCUCUCGACAUUACACCCGAAUACUUGCACGAAACAGCGAAAAAGAGAGAUGAGAUUACUUUCAUCACAGCUGAUGUCUCGAAAGAUAUGGAGAAGGUCCUCCCGGAGAAAAUGUUGAAGGAGUUACCACAUCCUUGGUUUAUCUCUGAAGAUUGUCAUGUUCGUCUGGAAAAAUCUCUGGGCCAUUUAGAGCCGUUCAUGAAACCUGGAGAUUACAUGCUAGUCGAGGAUACACACCCGUUAUCAAAUGCGAACUAUCCGGGUCAAGGUUCAACUUCAAGCGAUUUCGACGAAGCUGGUCUUGGAAAACACGACGAUUUGAGAAAUUUUUUGAAAGCUCGUCCUGGAAAAUUUCUCGUUGACUGCCAUUACACAGAUUUUUUUGGAUAUAAUGGUUCCCCGAUGAUGAACAGUUAUUUAAAGCGGGUCUAAUUUUUGUGUCGUUGAAGGGCAAAUAUAGCUACAUCCAAAUGAUCCAAUUAUUGAAUAAUAUUUGACUGAUUUUGAAUAAAAUGUACCGAGUAUACUCCGG